AUGGCUUCGUCAGGCAAGAAGGAUUGUGAGAAGUUUGCGGUUACGGCGUGGCUGCUUUGGAACAACAGAAAUGCUGUCAGGUAUGGGGGCAAAGGCAAGAAUGGGAAGACCAUUGAAGGGGAAGCAAGGAGUUAUAUGGAAGAAUAUAGUGCGGUUUGUCUGAAUAUGAGCAACAAAACCCAGCCAACCACUCGGGGCAAACAUUGGUCCCCGCCUCCUCAAGGUAAGUAUAAGGUGAAUGUUGAUGCAGCGGUGUUUAAGGAGCAGGGGUGCUGCGGUCUUGGAGUGGUCAUUAGAAAUGACAGAGGCCAGAUGAUGGGGGCGUUAUGCAAGAAGGUGGCUGCUCCUUGGGGAGCCUUAGAGGCCGAAGCAAAGGCUGCUGAAGUAUGA